UUUUUUGGUGACCUUUAAACCGGAAAUAAUAAUUGUAAACACUGCGUACACUUUGGAGGUGAGAGUUCUCACCCGAUGCAGCAAUUAAAAUGUCUAAAAAUCAGAGAAUAGCAUUGAUAUUUGGAGGUUUUGUAACAGCAGUUGCAGCCGCGUUUUACCCCAUAUUCUUCUACCCAAUGACGCAUAAUGAAGAGUACAGAGAUGUCCAAAAGAUGAACCGGGCAGGAGUCAAUCAGGCAGAUAUUCAACCUGUUGGUGUGAAGAUAUGGUCUGAUCCUUUCGGGCCUGCAGGAAAAUGACGGCCGGUGACGGCUGACCCUUCACUAAUUCCACUGAUGCUGAUGAAGACGUUGCUGUUUGAUGAGUGAUUGGUGUGCGCGUGAGUGAAUGCUUCCCAGAAUGUGUGUUUUUUGUUGUUAAGUGAUUCCUUGAAUCCUGAAAAAAAAAUAAAGUUUAAAGCACUUAUAAUGAAAACAUUGUACUUUAAAUGACUUAAUAUAAUUUUAGGUUUAAUGGGUAAUGUAUUGUGAUGCAGACAUAAAAAAAGCAAUCAGUACAAAGUGCAAUGGACAUGAGGCAAGUAGCAUGAGUUUGACUUUCUACCACAGUUCACUUAUUGUACCAAAUGUGCUGUUUUGUCCACAAGGGGGCGCUCCAUGCCCGUCUGUUGCCACAAAAGGCACUGGACUGUGAAAUGUUUUGUUUUGUGCAUCAGAUAUUUUGGAAAAACGUUUCUAUUUCCAAAAAGCCUCGCUCUGGUAUGCAGCCUGUGGAAAUUAUAAUAAAAAAACAGUGGUUUGUUUACCCAUCCUAU